GUGACGCCAUUGGCCUGCGACUGCGCGGGUCCCGAGUUUCCGCCGGCUGGCCCCACUUCGGUGUGAGUCUCGAGAGCUGCCCGUUGUCGCUGCUCCUUGUCGUCUGCGCCCUCUCACCUGGGAGCAAAGGGGAAAGCGGCGAGAUGACAGACCGCUACACCAUCCACAGUCAGCUAGAGCAUCUGCAGUCCAAGUACAUCGGCACGGGCCACGCCGACACCACCAAGUGGGAGUGGCUGGUGAACCAGCAUCGCGACUCCUACUGCUCCUACAUGGGCCACUUCGACCUGCUCAACUACUUCGCCAUUGCCGAGAAUGAGAGCAAAGCGCGAGUCCGCUUCAACUUGAUGGAGAAGAUGCUGCAGCCUUGCGGCCCGCCAGCGGACAAGCCAGAGGAGAACUGAGACCCCGCCGUGUCACCGCUGUGUGGGAGCAUCUCUACCUGCGUUCCACCGGUUUGCCGUCAUUCCCGCGUGUUCCUGCCCCAAGUGGACCGGCUCUCCGUGACUUCUGCUUCUCAUGUUUUCCUUGUACAGAGGUGCUUACCGGGGCUUCCCGCCUGACCUGCCUUCCUGUGGACCUUGUUUUCUGUGAAACAGCGUUGGGAGACCGUCACGACCCCUGAGAACUGUGACCGGACCAUGGAGAGAUCCUAAGGCCGGCAAACGUUAGAGGAGAUGGAACUGUAGUGAGACGGAUGUAGAGGCUCCAUUUUGGCUAGUUGGUUGUCGUUGUUGCUUUUUCCAUAAAGUUUAGAAAUGUUUCA